AACUAAUACAUUCAAGUCAUCGCAAUGGAUCGUUCAACACGCAAGCGCGCCUUGGCAUGGGAGUUUCUGGAUCAGGGUCCAGUGAAACGUCGCUGCUGCAAUAUCUCCAGUGGUCGCUCGGAAGACCACUUUGAGUCUUUAGGUGUAAAGGACUUGCCAGCAGGACAAUUGGCAGCCAAGUUGUGCCAUGAAAUGAAGAGAUUAAGUGAUGGCGAAGAAAUGCCAAUACACCACACAUCUGGCGCUCUGAAAUGUGUUGAAGACCCGAUACCAGAUGCUGUAGCGCAGCCACAUUUUCCUCAGAAUGCCAAGCCAGAAAAUGCUUUAUUCAGUAUUAAUCAGGUGGAACUUAUAUGCAAAGGCAUUUUACAGGAAUUUGAGGAUCAAUUGCACGAAAGCUAUCAGUCGGUGCUCCAGAAGAAACUAGCCGAGCAACACGAUGCCUUUGUUCGAUUCACAUAUGAACAGAUAAGGCGUCGUUUCAAGCAUACCCCCAGCUACUUGUCGUAGGACGUGUGAUAAAAAGGAAAAAGGAACUUUGUCCUUACACAAUAAAUGCCAACAAUUUAAUAUGAGGAAAAGAACAACGCUUACAAUUGAAGCUGGAAGAUAACAGCUAUAUUGUAUAUUGUAUAUAUAUAUAUUUUUUUUAAAUAA